AUGUAUAUAAAUUUCCCUCACACUCCUAUUCUUCUACAAACGGAAAACAACCCUGGUGGUCCUUCUCGUCACUUAUUAAGUUUGAACUGUUCCGAUUCCUCCCACAAGCGUGACACAAGUUCCUUUUCGAAGAGUCUCAGAAUGUCUCAGCAAUCGUGUGAUGCGUCUCCAAAGAAGUUCUCUCCCGUCUCUGACUCGGCAACAUCGAAUGAGUCCUCUAACCCUAAUAGGGUUCUGAAUGUUGUUCCUUUAAGAAUGAUAAGUGGUGAUGAUGUAAAGGCCACAAAGCCUAGAACGGCACAUACAAAAAGGCCUAAGGAGGGUAUUCAAAGCAAAGGCGCUAAACCUUCUUCAUCUAAUACCAGAGAGGAACUUACUAAAGAAGGAACCAAAUAUGUCCAUAACUCUAUUGAUAGGAUUGUUAAACGCACUCUGGAGGAAAAUCAUCAGGUGCCUGGGAUAUCUGUCCCUCUUCAAACCAUAAUUCCUGAUCCUCUCCAGAACAUCAAUGAGGCUGAAGUUUCUCGCACUUCUGGUUGUGACCCAACUGAAGAGGAGAUCAAUAAGAAUGGGCAAGGAGGUGCUGAGAAUACCAAUGUUACUGAGGAUGACAAUGACAUCGAAGUUUCUAAAGAUAAUGAGCAUACUAAGGUUAAUGCUGAAACAGGUACCAAAAUGGUGGACUUAGAUGAGUAUCCUGACAACGAACUGCCUGCCUCAUUGAAUACAAGUGUAGCCAAAAGGCUAAUGACUAGAAGAAAAGGAAAAGAUGUUUCCCAAAGUUCCCCUGAAAAGAAUGCUGAAGUUAAGAGCCCUGUCAAAAACCCUGUCAAGAAGAAGAGUACUUCUGCUGGUCCUAUCAGAAUGGAUGUCCCUAACAUUCCAUCAAGGAAUAAGCCUGCAACCUGCAACCUUGUUGCAAGUAUUCCUGAAGUCCCUAUUGAUAAUGUGUCCUUCCACUAUGCCUCUAGUGCCAACGGGUGGAAAUAUGUGCUCCAAAAGAGACUAUCUGUUGAAAGGGAACUGGCUCCAAAUGCUCUUGAGAACAAGGAAAUUUUAGAGCUAAUUCAGGAAGUUGGACUAUUGAAGACUCUUUGCAACCUUCCCAAAUGUUAUGAGAGGCUGGUCAAAGAAAUUAUGGUAAAUCUAUCUGAAGAUUGUGGAAACAGCAAGAGUGUGGACUUCAUAAAGGUGUUUGUUAGAGAUGAAUCUCAACCUGAGCUUGAAGUGACAGACAACAAGGUUUGUCAAGUGAUCACAGCCAAGCAGGUAAAAAGCUGGCCCCCAAAAGAAAAACUAACUGCAAGAACAAAGGCAAAGUUUGACUAUGGAACAUAUAUCUUUGACCAAACUAUGAAGCAUGCUGGAAGCUUCAGUGUUAAGGGUCCAACUGCCUUUUUAUCCCUCCUGUGUGGCAUAAUUCUGAAUCAGUAUCCCAACAUUCUCAAUGAGCAUGAUAUAGCCUGCAAAAGAGAAAGUCCCAUGGCUUUCCAUUAUAAACUGUUUCAGGGUACGCAUGUUCCAGAUGUUGUCAUGACAUCGGGUGAAACAUCCAAAUCUGGAGAAUCAGCCAGCAAAGCGGAAGUCAUAGCAAUGUUGAAAGAGACUUACAAAGAGUUGGAAUCUAGGAAGAUAUCUCUUGAAAAGAUGAUAAGUACUCUGGAAAUGGAUGGGAAUGAGGAGUUUGCAGAUGCCGUAGAGAUGGAAGCUGAAGAUGAACAAGAGGAGGAAGACAUUGACAUGGCUCAUGCAUCAUUAAUCAAUAAAUCUGACAUGGGAUCAAGGACCUUAAAGAGUUAG